GUCAGUCUCUCAUUGACUUUCUUUCUCUCAUUGGAGUUACUCUCACAUAAAGAGCACUCUUUAACUUUCACUCCUUCGCCUGACCAACACAUCUCCCCAUUCCAGUCAUUUUGUGAAAGACUGAAAAAAAAAGAACAACAGAAUAAGAGGACAGCAAGAGAAGAAGAAGAAGAAGAAUAGGAAGACGAAUGGAACUGGAAUACCCCCAGUUCCACUUCCCAGGAGGAGAGAGGGAACUCGAGCGACAGCACUGCUGGGAUUGUGGAGGAGAGGAUGACAGACUCGUGAGGAUAAACGGGGAGAGGAGUGGUGAGGGGAAUGAGGAAGACUGCGGCAGAGAGAGGGAGGAAGAGGAGGCGCUCAAGUGUUUUCGGCGUUACGAGAGGGAGGUGAGCGGAGAGGGGAAUCUAUGGCACAACGGAGAGAAGGAGGAAUGUGAAACCGAAGAAAGGGGGGAUAGAGAGGGAGUGGGCAGAGGAGAGGAAGGAGGAGGAGGCGGCGUGAGUCGGGAGGAGAAUGGAAUCAGAAGCCGAGAAUCGGAAGCCGAGAUGUGCAGAGGAGAAGAGGUGAAGACGGGGAAGGAGAGAGAGGACGGGAGAGGAGGUGACACGAGAAGGGGCGACGAGGAGGAGGAAGAGGAGGUGUAUUCCGGCUUUGAGGAGAAACGAGGUGCCACGGGUGGAGGAGAACAGAUCGAGGAGCAAGAGGAGAAUGGAGAGAGAGAGGAAGAGGAACAAGGAGAGAGAGAGGAAGAGGAACAAGGAGAGAGGGAUGAAGAGGAAGGCAACUGGAAGAAGAAUGGCGAAUGCUCUACCGUCGAGGAGAAAAAAAACAGCUGCACAGAUGAAGUAGAAGAGGAGGAGGUAGAGAGGGAGAUAAAGAGAGAGGGAGAUGGGAGAAAAGAGGAGAGACGAGACAAACAGCAGGACAACAUCAAUGGAAGAGAAGAGCAUGAUGUGCAGGAUAAAGAGAGGGAUGAAGAGAAAGAGGUGGAGGAGGAAGAUGAAGAAAGGCAGGUAGAAGGGGAGAAAUAUGAGGAAGAGGAUGAUGGAAGAAGGGAUGAAGAGGAGUGUAAUGAGAAUGAGGAAGAGUUUGAGGAGGAGGAUGAGGAUGGUGCGUGUGUAGCAGAAGUGAAGGGCGAGUCCGAGUGUCCUGAGUGUCUGAGGAGGCCGGUGCUCUACUGUGUGGAUGAGCAGCUGCCUCUCUGCUGGGCCUGUGGCCUGUCAGAACCGCACGAUGGACACACAGUGUGUGCCCCUGAGGAAGCACUGCAGGACAGCAGGGUGGAGGUGAGCAUCUCCAUGCAGCCUAUCUUUCAAAGUCUGAAGAAUCUCAAAAGAGUGCAAGAAACUUACAGACAUAUGGCCAAGCACCUUCCAAGUCAGUCUGCUCAGACGGAGCGGCAGAUCCAGGACCAGUUUGAGGAGCUGCGUCGCUUCCUUCGGAGAGAGGAGGAGGCGCGGGUCGCCGCGGUGAGGGAGGAGCAGGAGCGGAAGGCCCGUGCGCUCCGAGAGAGGGCCGAGAGGAUGCGGGGGGAGGUGCGCGAGCUCCUUCACGCCCUCCGGGCCUCCCAAAUGGAGAUGGAGAUGGAGGGCGAGGAUAACGGGCUACACUUCCUGCAGAAUUACAAGAAGACAUUAAAGAGAGUAUGGAAAGUCAACCAGAGUCCAGAGAAGAGUUAUGAUUCCCUGAUUGAUGUCCCCAAACACGUGGGUAACCUUAGGUUCAGGGUCUGGGAGAAAAUGAAAGAGAUCUGUCCUUACUCUCCAGUGACCCUUGACCCCAACACUGCUGGCCCCUUCCUGCUCGUCUCUGGUGACCUCACCAGCGUCCGGAACAGCGGCGUUGACAUCGACGCUGACGGUGACAUCCUUGACGCCGACGACAACAACCGUCUCCCGGACAACCCGGAGCGCUUCACCAGCUGCGGCGAGAUGCUGGCCUGCGAGGUCAUUUCCAUUUCCGAGUCAGCACAGCGUCAGCCCCUCCGUGGCCGCAGCCGCAGCCGCAGCCUCGGCUUUGGCGUCGGCCGCGGCUGCCGCCGUCCUGCCGGUGCGGACGCCGCUGACUCUGCCUACACGUCCUGGGUGGUGGACGUGGGCGACAACAGCAACUGGAUGGUGGGCGUGGCCCGCCGCUCCGUCUCCAGGAAGUCGCCGGUGGCCGCGUGCCCCGAGAACGGCCGCUGGGCGCUGUCGCUGCGUCGCUCGUGCUACGAGGCGUCGGAGUCCCCCGCCGCGCCUCUCCCCCUGUCCUUCUGUGGUGAGAGAGGCCGCAGGCUGCAGGGGCCCGCGGACACAGCCCCGGGGCUGCGGAGGGUCAAGGUGCGCGUUAGCCACGGGUCUGGGCGCGUGUGCUUCACCGAUGCCGACCGCCACACGCACCUGUACACGUUUUCCCACACGGCCGCCGGAGAGUCGCUCCAGCCGUACGUCUCCACCGCUUGCCACUGCCGCUACCCGCUCAGGGUGCUGCCGGCGUCCGUCACCGUGACGACGAGCCGCCAAGGGCCAGGAGGAGAGGACGAGGAAGAAGAGGAAGAGGAUGAGUAAGAGGAUGAAAGACCAGCAAAAAAAGACAGAUGACUAUGUCAUACACAUCAGUCAAAAAGCACUUGUGUCUGAUGGCUGAUUCUAUUGUUUCCUUUAAAUCCCUUAUUGAAGCCCCUUUGUGAGGGCUUUUUGUGAUUUGGCUUCAGUUCUAAUUCCUUUUGAAUUAUCUAUAUGUAUGUAUAAUACACUUAAAAGCUUUUGUCUGUUGUGUUUUAACAUUUAAUGAGUUUAGGACUAUGUUGUUUUCCUCCCUAUGUGAAGCAUUCUGUUUACGGGGUAUUGAAAUGAAAUUAAAUAAAUAUUAUUAUUAUUAUUA